UAGUUUCAUCCUUUCCACAGCAAUGGCUGCCAAAAACCUUGUUUCCACUUUAGCUCUAGUAAACCUUGCCGCCUAUUUUUUUCUUCUCCUUCAACUCCUUCCAAGCAAUGCCAAAUCACUCAUUACUUGUCAUUUCGACCAGAUCUAUCAACUCGGCGACUCGAUUUCCGACACCGGCAACCUGAUUCGAGAGAAGCCAAUUGGUUCCGCGACUCAGUUCACCAGACUUCCCUACGGCGAAACUUAUUUCAAAAGGGCAACUGGUCGAUGCUCUAACGGUCGACUCAUGAUUGACUUCAUUGCUAAUUCAUCCGGCCUUCCCUUCCUUAGUCCUUACAAGAAGACGGAUGGAGACUUCGCACAUGGAGUAAACUACGCCGUUGCUGGCGCCACUGCCUUACCGACGGAGGUUCUAGCAGAAAAGCACAUCCCCACCAUGGGUACCAACAGCUCGCUCAAUGUGCAACUUGAUUGGAUGUCGACACAUUUGAAUUCAAUCUGUACCCCAGAAACAGAUUGCUUGGAGAAGCUAAAGAACUCUCUUUUUAUGGUCGGAGAGAUUGGCGGGAAUGAUUAUAACUAUGCAUUGUUAAAUGGAAAAGGCAUUGAUGAGGUACAAAGCUUAGUACCUGAAGUUGUCGAAGCUAUAAUCGGUACUGUUAGGCAAGUCAUUGGUUAUGGAGCAGCUAGGGUGGUAGUGCCGGGAAAUUUUCCAAUAGGCUGUUUUCCCAUCUAUCUCACAACAUUUCAGACCAAUAACUCAAAUGCCUAUGACGUACAUCAUUGCUUGAAGGAACUCAACAGUUUCUCAAAAUAUCACAAUGAUCAACUACAAGAAGCCAUCCAACAAUUAAAAAGAGAGUACCCGAAUGUAGUAAUCGUUUAUGGCGAUUACUAUCGAGCCUUCCAAUGGAUUUUCCAGAAUGCACCAUUUCUUGGGUUUGACUUCUACUCUACUCAAAAGGCUUGUUGCGGAGCUGGUGGUGACUAUAAUUUUAGUUUCACCAAGAUGUGUGGAGAUCCGGAAAUUCCAGUAUGUCAAGAUCCAAGCAAACACCUCAGCUGGGAUGGAGUUCAUUUGACAGAAGAGGCGUAUAAGAUAAUGACUGGAUGGCUGAUUCAUGACGUCUUGCCAAAGCUUCAUUGCUUUUUUUAAAUUGAUCUUAGUUCGGUGGACGACUAGAUUUCGUUUUCUGUUUAUUGAUAGUUUAGUAAA